AUAUUAUUGGCGGUAUUAAAACUAUCAUAGUGUUACACAGUCAAUGAGAUAAUAUCAAAGUUUACAAACAAGAUUAUCUCUAAACAAGAUCAUAUCGCUCUCCCGCCCAUUCAACCCAAGGAGUGGGUACAAAAAACAAGAUCUCUAAACAAAGAAAAAAACAAACCGGAAUGUCGUUGUAGUGUGAUUUAAAAUAAAAUCUAUGUAUUUAAAUCAAUGAUCACAAAGCAUCAGUUAUUUUAAAACUCAGUUAAACAGGAACUUGGAACUAACUACAUCUACAAUUAAAAAUAUGAGUCGCCACUUACGACCGUCGGAAGAAGUUUUGAAAGAAGCUUUACCAGUUUUUACAGAACCUGUAUUAUUUCAGAACAUGUUACAAAAUUCUGAUGGUUCCUACGAGUGGAAAUUACUCAAGUGGAGUCCAACAGAAUUGGUCGAAAAGUUUGGAGAUAAGAAGUUACCAUUUCGAGUUGGCGAUCAUAACAAGCGUACAUGUGCUCUUCAGCAUCAAGAAUGGAGCUUGGAUUCUCCUAUUCCAAAACCUGUUCAAUUAACACUGCAAGAAUUUAUUGAUUUACAAGAAACAAAGGAGGAUAAUAAGUGGUAUUACUGUGAUUACAAGCAUGUAAAGGAGUGGCUUAGCGAUAACACAGAAAUCAUAGAGUCUUUCAAUUGGCUCAAGUUUGGGAUUGACAAAAAACAUGGAGAAAAUGGAAUGAAUUCUACUUUUUGGAUUGGAAGCAAAGGUGCUCAUACUGAUUGUCAUUGGGAUACUUAUGGUUACAAUCUAGUGGCACAAAUACAUGGCAGAAAAAAAUGGUUACUUUAUCCACCUAAUGCUGAUCUGAUACCAGUUAGACUUCCUUAUGAGGAGUCAACUGUAUAUAGCAGAUUUAAUAUUUAUUGUCUGAGUGAAGAGGAAGAAGACUAUGUGUUAAAUAUAGAAGAAAAACCAAAAUUAAUUACUUUAGAACCUGGAGAUGUUUUAUUUAUACCUAAUGGCUGGUGGCAUUAUGUAGAAUCUCUAGACCAGAUCACUAUGAGCGUUAAUAUAUGGGGAGACCUAAGAAAAGAUAAUAAAGCACGAGUUGAGGAAGCUCUAGUUAAAUUAAUAGUAGCCAGAGUAGGAGAUUUCACACAAUUUUCCAAUAAGGAAACUAAAUAUUAUACAAGAAAAGUCGAAGAUGCACUUUUUGAAUGGACAAACAAGAUUAAGGACGAGGAAGAGAAAGGGGAAUCUGUUUCAGAAAUGAGACCUGCAAAAAGACGUAAACUCAACCAACAAACUACAAAAGAAUUAGCUGAAGAAUAUCCUCAUUACGUUAAGUUAUUAUCUGAUGCAGACGAGCAGGAAUUUAAAGAAUUUAUUGAAGAAAGACGGAAAAGAUACGACGAGAAGGAUCCAUCAGAUAGAGAGAGUGCAUCUGGAAAUUAUAUACCUAAUCCUCAAUAUGACUCAUUCUAUGAAUCUAUUAUCAAUGCUUUAUGUCAUCCAGAAGUUGUUAGAAAAGCAGCAAAAAUAUUGCUAGACAGACAUUAUUAAUAACUUAAUUGAAUUUUUAUUAUAUAAAUAUGAUUUUGCAGGUGAGAUUACUAAUUUUUUACUACAGUGGUAUUAUGUAUUCUUAGUGUGACAAGUAAUGGCCAGAUGUCUCAGAGGGCCAGAUUUAUAUGUAUAUUUACAUUCGUGUCCAUUAUUUAAAAAGUCUGUUCCCAAACCUAUAUUUUGAAAACUCAAUUGGUUUAAAAUUGUACAAAACCAUGAAAUACAUAUCAUUUCGCGCGAAGAACUGCUAUUUAAAAAGGUGAAAUAGCCCUUUGGACAUAUAUUUUUCAUAAUUUUUUAGGGGGUAGGAAUAGACUUUAUAGACACCUUGUAUAGUGUGACAUCUCACUUUCAAUAGAAUCGUUAUAUUAAGAAUAGAAAAUAACGAAUUAUAAUUAACAUCGUUAUACUUUUGUAUACUUAUGUCCAUUUCCACCAAUAUAUAUUAAUUUUAAUUUCAAUUUAAUUUAUUUUUUUAAUUAAAUUCUUUUGCUAAUUCUUAGAACUUACAGAAAGAUAAAUGCAAGUUAAACUAAUUAAAUUACAUCAAAUGGAAAUGGACAUUGAUAAUAAGUUAAUAUUUUUUUCUCUGAUAUAAAAUUAUAUAAAAUUUACUGAAAAUUUAUAACCGAAUAUGUAAUGAUUUUGAGAGAAACUCGCAUAUAUGUUUAAUUAUAAAUGUAACUAAAAUAUAAAUCUUGUAUUACUCAUGUGCACUUAUUA